AGCAGGCUUGGGACUUCAUUUCAUUAGGCUACAUAGAUAUCUCUCUCUCUCUCUCUAUAACCUUCGGGUUUGCCUUUUACCCCUGAGUUGGGUGGAGAGGUUCUGCUCAUCCUUUUCUCUGAAUCUCUUCCUUCACCCACCUCCCCUUUUCCCCUGACCGUCUGUCCCUUUGCUCUGUUUCUACGUCUGAAUCAGGUUGGUCGAUUUCAUCAAAUAUUUUUCUGGUUCCGUCUGCAGGUAGGUCAUUGCUUUCCCCUCAGAUUUCUGGGUAUCUGGGAGAUUGGGUUUCUCUCAUUUCUCGGGCUUAUAGGGGAAUUUGAAGUUCUUGAUCUUUAUCGCGGGUUGCGGUUGAUGGGUGCGUGAAUAAUUGGAGAAUCCGUUUGUGGGCUGUUUUCUAAUGGAAGGAAUUCAAAGUGAUGGAUUAUUGCGGAGGGUUUUUGCUUUCCGGGACUGAGGAUUGUUGGCUUUUCUGCAUUUGAUGGUUUCUUUCUCGUUAAAGGUGGAAUCCUUGUGGUCGGAUUUCCGUGUUGGUUGUGACGUUGUUGGUUUCUUGGGUUCCUUUAGCGUCUGGAACGUUUGAUUCUUUUCUCCUCUACCCGAUUGUCAGUUUUGAAGUCUCUGGCCGUGUAGACGCUGCUGCUAUUCAACAAGAUACCCAUGAAGCUCGUCUGUGAUCCUAUUUGCCUUUACCACAUUGCCUCCGUGCAUUCACGGUACAUUUCUGCAGUUUUGGGUGGAAGAUCAUGGUUGGUGGGUCGAGCUAUAUUGUAGGUUUGGAGUCGUAGAUUCUGUUUAAAAAUUUCAGAGAAGCCGCUGUUGGAUAUGGAUGUUAUGAGUGGGUCUUGAAGAGCCAAUUUGAGUUUGUGGUACUCGCUUGUAAAUAAUACCUUUCGGCUGCAUACUGGCCUUCUCUUCAGGCCUGGCUUGAGUAUAGUUUCUCGGUGAUUUGGGCGGGCAGCACAGGAGGAGCACGGCUUAGCUUCAUUAUUCCUGUCUCUAUUGGGGCAUUUAAGAAUGAUGGCAGAAAAUGAAGACUGGAGCUUGCCGCUGCUAGCUGAGGCUGCUGAUGUUGUAAAUCAAAAACGUGUAAAAUUUUCAUAUACGACGGACUUUUUGCUGUCACUCAGUGAUCUGGAUAUUUGCAAACAGCCGCCGAGUGGAUUUGAUCCUUCCAUUUUAAGUGAUUGUCAGGAAGUGACCCAAAGUGCUCCUGAAUGGCGAAGACCUUAUGGAAGUUCUGCUUUACAGAUCUCUAAGCGUGGUGAGAAUGGGUUGUCUUCAGGAACUUGGGUGGAGAGUUCUGGCAAUUCCUCCCGUGGAGUCCAUGAUAAAACUGCAUGGCAAACUUCUGGAUCUUUGGGUCAGGGAAGGUGGGAAGGUCGUGCUGGAAUAGUCGAUGGCAAUGGAGAUCAGCAGUCCGAGAAAGGACCAGUUGCUCAAGAUUCUAGUAGACGUUAUGGCAACCAAUCUCGACAAUCUUGGCAAUCUCCAGAGCGUGAUGGACUUCUAGGCAGUGGUAGUUUCCCCAGACCAUCUGUACAUGCAGGUGGUCCAUUAAGUCCAAAAGUUCGAGGAAAUGGGCAGUAUCAGCUGAAUCGCAGCACAGAGCCAUAUCAGCCGCCGUGGAUGUAUAAGCCAGCACUUCAAUCUCGCCGAGAUGCCACCGACUUGUGCAAUGACGAAACUUUUGGCUCGACUGAGUGCCUGAGUCAGGACAAAGCUGAAGAAGAGAAAAGGCGUAGAGCAUCGUUUGAGAUGAUGAGAAAAGAGCAACACAAGGCCCUGCAAGAGAAACUAAAACAACCUUCUGGCAAGCAAAACAUAGACCUUCCAUACUUGGAUGCAUCUGAAAAUGAGGUAAAUAUUCAAGUCGACAAUGGAGUGGAUGAUCAUGUUGAACUCCCUCAAAAGGAUCAUGCGAAGCUGCCCGUUCUACAAGUUUCUGCAUCUAGGCCUUUGGUGCCACCUGGAUUUGCAAGCACUGUAUUGGAUAAGAAUCAGAUCACAAGGACUCCAACAUUGCCUGCUGAAUCUGACAUAUUUAAGUCAGGGAGGUCUACAGCUGUUGAAGAGUGCUUGGAUACAGCAGGAGCCUUACAUAUGAGCAGGGCAGUGGUUGGUCAAAUACAAGAAAAAUACCUGGCUACAGAUCUCGAAGCCAGUGCAAAACAACAUGAGGUUGACGGCAGUAUUUCAGCUUCUAUGAAUGGCACUGAGAAGCCUGUGGCUACAUUGUUACCUUCAGAAGUUUCUCAGUCGCCUUUGGUUCUACAGACAACACAAAAUGAAUUCCAGGGGAAGACAGAUGACGUACUCACAAAUUUUGCUCCUGCUAAAGCUGCUGGUUUUGAGAGUAAGACUGGUGCUUCUCCAGAAGGUUCCACCUCUAUUCUGGAAAAGCUAUUCGGAAGUGCAAUGAGAGUUAAUGAUGCUGGGUCGCCUGAUCCUUCUGAGGCACCGGUUGAAAAGGCGGAUGAGGAACCAUGGAAUCCAGUUACGCAGUCUUCAAAGUUUGCUCAUUGGUUUUGCGAAGAAGAAGUGAAACCUGCCGUGGAUCAGCCUCCAUCAACAGCUGAAGACCUGCUGUCGUUAUUUGCUAGUAAUGAGAAAGGCAUAGCUUACAAUACUGAAAUAAAAAAGGAGCUAAAUAAAGCAGGUACAAUAAUCCCCCCAGAAGAAGCGACCAACAUUCAAGAACACGUAGUACAACCUCUCCCUACUUCAGUUGGUAGUGUUUCUGAACCAUCACAUUCGGAAAAAUUGGAUGUAAGAUCAGGAGUGCUUACUUGUGAGGACUUGGAACAGUUUAUCUUGGCUGAGGCUAAUGCUUCUCAAACGAACAUAGAAUCUUCUGUGAAAGUGUUCUCCAAUGUCCCCAAUUUGGGCUCUGAACAACAGCAAACGGAUGUGGAUAAUCAAGCAUCUCAGCAUCUUCUGUCACUGUUGCAGAAGGGAACGACCUUGAAGGACUCCAUUGCAACAAACAAAGCAGAAGAAAUUGCAGCAGUGGCAUCUGCACAGCCCAUUUCUGUUGAUGGUGUUCAACUUCUUGAGAAGACAUUGACACUUGAAAGCCUCUUCGGAACAGCAUUCAUGCAGGAAUUGCAGUCAGUGGAAGCUCCAGUAUCAGUACAAAGGGCAUCUGGUGGAGUUAGGACUACUACCGAUUUAGACAUGCCUGGUGCGGCAUUUCUACCGUCUGACAUCAAACCUGCUGGUAAAAUUAGCCAUGAUAGUAUACCUGCAGCACUAAUCCAUGGUGGAGAAAGAAGAUACGAUACAAGUAAAGCUAGUUGGCUGGGGUUUGAUGGUCGAAAAGAUGGCAUCAAAUCCGAAGUUGCUCCGUCCUUGGGCUUUGAAAAUGAGCCUGCUGAUGAUACUGUAGACAUCCAUCUACCAGAAGAGGAUAGUCUAAUCACGGUUAGCAGUGCCCCGACAAAUGAGGCUCAAGCUUUUCUGUCUUCUGGAAUUGCAUCUAAGGAAGAAAUCCUUUUGUCAUCUGCCAUGCCGGUUGACAUCAUGGAGAAGCUCACCGGACUUGAUAAUGCUCUUAGAGAUGACAGAUCCAUGAUUCCUGCAAUUGACCAUCGACCCCUUCAAGAGGUGUUGCGAGGGCCCUUCAAUAUGAUGGGACCAGAAUUUCAACACCAACAACGUCUUUUGGGUGGACAGUCCUUACCUCACGUGCCCAUGAACCCUUUGAGGCCACCCUAUUCACAGCUUGAACAAGAACUUAACAGGCAUCCAGAAAGGUUCUUGGGACCCACUGACAAUGGUUUUGAUCUUCGACACCACUUCCCUCCUAAUGUGCUUCAGCAUCCCUUCCAUCAUAAUGCAGGAAUACCAGCGAGGUUUGAACCAGAUCAUCAUCAAGCAAUGCAGCACAUGGUUCCUGGUAACUUGCCAGGUCCCCAUCCUCUGCAACCACUACCAGGUGGUCUGCCUCUGCAGCAUCAACAUGGGCUUGGUCCCUUCAACAACGCUCCUUUCAUGCCAGAUAUCCAUUCUGUCCAAGGGUUCCCUUUUCAUCACAGACCUCCAAACUUUAACGCCAUGGAAGUGCCCGUCCCAGGGACUGCGGGCCGAAGUGGUCAUCCCGAGGGAUUGGAGAGGUUGAUUGAGAUGGAACUGAGAGCAAAUGCAAAUAAGAAGCCUCCUUUUGUACCAAAUCCUGGAGGACCCUUUGGGCCUGAGAUAGACAUGGCUUAUAGAUAUAGAUGUUGAAGUCGACCUACUCCAUUGCCUUCCAUCCUUCGGGUUUCAAUUUCAAACGCUAUGUAGAGAUGUUUUGGUUUGAUGAUGUAUUAUAAAAAUUCAGGUGCGUAAUGCUUCUGUUUUUCA